GAAAAUGAAACGAGGGGAGGGGGUUACCGACACUGGUAGCAAGCAGAGCUUCGGUAGAUCAGACAUCAAACUGGAGGCAGCGAGUGAUGAGGACAGUGGUGCUCCAAAAUCCCUAAGAGAAGAAAGGAUGAUUUAGCGGACUGCAGUCCUGAGUUUCGGAUUAUUAAACAGAAAGAAAAAAUAAUAAUAAUAACGGGGUGUGCUGGCAGAAAAUUACGUAGGGAAACUAAGCUAACACAGCUGAUAGAGGUCCCGAACCUGGGUUUGUGAUGUGACUACUGGCUGCGCCUAAGUGGCGCUUUUACGCACGAUGGAGGACCUUUUACGCGAGCAGUACAGUUGGUCUCACAAUCUUACAUGGAGCAGCUCAAGUCGUGAAAAUGAAAGCCACGUAGGAAACACCACGGUGAACCCUCUGAAACGAAAUGAAGAAGUGGCUAAAGUGGAAGUUACCGUUCUGGUCCUUGUGCUGCUUCUCGCGCUGACAGGCAAUCUGUGCGUCCUGUGGGCUAUUCACACCACCAAGCACAGUCAGUCUCGGAUGUAUUACUUCAUGAAGCACCUGAGCAUCGCAGACCUUGUAGUUGCAAUCUUUCAGGUCUUACCUCAGCUCAUUUGGGAUAUCACUUUUCGCUUCUAUGGACCCGAUUUGCUGUGCAGGUUGGUGAAAUACCUCCAGGUCGUGGGUAUGUUUGCGUCUACGUACAUGCUGGUUCUAAUGUCGAUAGACAGGUGCUUGGCAGUCUGCCAGCCACUUCGCUCCGUACACAGGAAAAAAGACCGCUUCUGUGUGAUCGCCUCUUGGAUGCUCAGCUUGAUAUUCAGCAGUCCUCAAGCUUACAUAUUUUCUCUUAGGGAGGUCGGUAAUGGUGUGUAUGACUGCUGGGGGGACUUCGUACAGCCUUGGGGUGCCAAAGCAUACAUCACUUGGAUGAGUUUGAGCAUUUACAUUUUUCCAGUGGCCAUUUUAAGCAUCUGCUAUGGUUUAAUAUGUUUUAAAAUAUGGGAGAAUUUCAAUCUAAAAACCAGAAGGGAGCACUUUCUGGCUCUCACUCCAAGGCCCUCCAAAGGCGCCCAACCCCUUUCUCGUGUGAGCAGCGUGAGACUCAUUUCAAAGGCUAAGAUCCGCACAGUAAAAAUGACAUUUGUAGUGGUACUUGCUUAUAUUGUGUGCUGGACUCCUUUUUUCUUUGUCCAGAUGUGGUCGGCAUGGGAUCCUGCUGCACCAAGAGAAGACAUGGCCUUCAUCAUUGCAAUGUUACUAGCCAGUCUCAAUAGCUGCUGUAACCCGUGGAUUUACAUGUUCUUCGCGGGUCACCUGUUCCAUGACCUGAUGCAGUGUUUCUUCUGCUGCUGUCGACGGUACCUGACAGAGUGCUCGUGCAGCUGUGAUCAACAGUGCAGACACAAGAGGAGCUCCUCCACUUACGUUAACAAGAACACCAACAGUCAGAGGAGCCUCUCGCGCACAUCCAGUACGGUACACUGAAAAGCCAGCUAAAAGGCAUGCAAGCUUCGUGCAAUCAAGUAAUCCAGCAAUCAUGCAGCUACCCAUUUCACCCAUUUAACUGACUACAGAGGCAGUGUGCUGGCUAUUGCUGCACAUUUUUUCUGUAACAUUUUGAACCGAGCUAAACUGACAAUGUAAACUUCCUGUCCAGAUGACACCCCGCACCCACUGAUGACAGAAAACAGUACAAAUGGUGUUUUAUAUAUCGUGUACAGAAUUUGAACAAAAUGUGAUGUAAACUUCAAAAAAAUGUUGUUAUCAUUUUCAUCUUUCUUUGCAACAAAAAAUAUGUGUAAAGGUAAAGUAAUAUGUAAUAUGUGAUGUGAAAGGUCAGCUAUGUUUAUUCAUAUAUGUUUCUUAUGAAUGUAUACUUUAGCAUUCAGAGAUUUACCCUGAAACCUUAAAAGCUUGUCUGUGCACAAUUUUAAAGUCGUGUUCCAACAGUUAAGUAGCUGACCUUUAAAGAAUAUUAUUAUAUGAAAUAAUUCAUUUUAAUAUAAACAAUUACAAAGGGAUGCUAAUUGAGUAAUUGUAACGUAAUGACUGUUUACUGCUUUGCUUAGGGUGCCAGCAUUUUGCACUGUUUAUAUUCACUUCUGCUUUAAUGCCAAGCUCCAUUGCACAACCACAACAAAUAUGAAUCAACUGAGCAAAAGCCAUAGAAAUGCAUUUUUCUAAAGGGUGCUGGUUCUAGUGAUUUCACAGGACCAUCUCGCAGUACUGAUAAAUCUGUUUUUCUGUCACAAAGAUAUAUGAAAUUCAGUUUGUAAAUAGCUGUGUGUUGCUGCAUGAUUAUUUUCCAUUAACUUUUUCUCACCUCUUUUCCUGGCUGUGUAUAUUUUCUAAUGCCUCUGAACUUGGAGGAUGCAUUAAAUAUGGACAGUAUCAUUCAGAAUAUCAGUUUCGGCUUGUGGUCACAUUAAUAACAAUUAUUAUAAGUGUUGCUUUUGUUGUAUGAUUUGAAGCAAUAUGUAAAAUGUUUAUACUAAAUGUAUGGAGAGGUUCAGUGUCAGAGUGAGAUAAUGUGCAUUCUUGGCUUAUUAAAUGUGCUUAAACUUUG